AUGGCUACUAUCAACAUUCGUCGGGAUGAACCCGAUCCAUUUUACCGUUACAAGAUGGAGCGCCUCCAGUCCAAGAUUGAAGGCAAGGGUAACGGCAUCAAGACUGUGGUCGUCAACUUGAACUCGGUUGCCCAGUCUCUGAGCCGCCCCCCCGCCUAUGUCAUCAAGUACUUUGGAUUUGAACUUGGUGCUCAAGCCAAUGCCAAACCUACUGAUGACCGCUGGAUCAUCAACGGUGCCCAUGAUGCUGCUAAACUUCAAGAUUACCUCGACGGGUUCAUUUCCAAGUUCGUUCUUUGCAAGAAAUGCAAGAACCCGGAAACCGACGUCAUCAUCAAGGAUGACAAGAUCGUCCUGGCCUGCAAGGCCUGUGGACAACGCACAGACGUCGAUUCCCGCCUCAAGUUGAGCACUUUCAUCCUACGAAACCAUACCUCAACCAAGGGGGGUAAGAAGGACAAGGCUUCCAAGAAAUCCCGACGGAACAAGGACAAGGACGCCACGGCGAAUGGAGACAAAGACGGCAGCCCAGGAGACAGUAACUCUGACAACGGUGAUGGCGAGAAUGGCGACGUUGCUCUGGAGGCUAACAGUGAUGAUGAACUCACUCGUCGCAUCAAAUCUGAGGCCAAGGGUAUCGAAGCAGACGAGGACCCCGAGGAGGUGGAGUGGACCGUGGAUGUCUCGGAAGCGGCUGUCCGUGCCCGUGCCAAGGAGCUUCCUGACGAUUUGAAGCGCUCUCUCGUCCUAGAAGAGGGCGAUGACGAUGGCGUUGAUGGUCCCUCUGCUUACGAUGAACUUGGUAGCUGGAUUAUCAAGACUGCCGAGGAGAAGGGCGGUAUUGCCGCUGUCAGCGAUGUGGAUAUUUACAUGAAGGCCAAGGAAUACGGCAUUGAAGCCAAGCACAAGACUUUGGCUGUCCUUGCUCAAACCAUCUUUGACGAGACAAUUGUCAAGCAGAUUGAGGCCCGUGCCCCUCUGCUUACGAAGAUGAUAACCUCUGAGCGCCACGAGAAGGCCUUCCUUGGUGGUACCGAGCGCUUUGUCGGCAAGGAUCACCCUGAACUCAUUUCUCAGGUCCCCGCCAUCCUGCUCAACUACUACCAGAACGACAUCAUCUCUGAGGAAUCGCUCAAGGCUUGGUGCUCGAAGGCCAACAAGAAAUAUGUUGACAUUUCGACCAGCAAGAAGGUCCGCAAGGCCGCCGAGCCUUUCCUCCAGUGGCUUGAAAACGCUGAGAGUGAGGAUGAGAGCGAAGAAGACGAUGAGUAA